CGAACACACAGCAUGGGCGCACGAAAGCCGCCGCCUUGCGUUGCCGAUGACAGGAUUGAAGCGUACAUGGGAAACGUGAUCGGGUUUUCAUUUGGCCUCUUGCUCGGCCAUCGAGCUCCAACCAACCUCAGCGACCUCAUCUUGACUGUAGUGACCACGCCUCCUGAACAAGAAGGCGCCAGGCUGACGCACCUGCGCGAUGUCUCAAUUGAGUGGAUGGUGCUUCACGCCGCACAAGUGCUUGGAUACCUUCCUGAGGGCAUCGACUGCGUUGGAUUAUACGUUGUAGCAGAGGACCGUGCAGCAUUGCGAGGACUCCAACUGCAACGGCACAUGCACGCGUUGCGUCAUGCGGUGUCGAGCCUAAAGAAGACCACGCUACGUGAAGCUUACGACGCCGACUGCGUUCAAUACGUUGCCGUGAGUUGUCCCGGUGUGCCGCCCUCGAUCAAACAUUUCAACAAGGACAACGCUAUGGUUCUCCGCGACUUCAAAUGGCAGCGUGAUGUAGCUAUCAUGUCGUUGCGAAGGUUCACCGCCACUAUCGACGUGACGAGCAUUGUCGGGAGACUACCGUUUCGAUCGGCAUCUUCGCUUACAGCGCGGCUCCAUCGCGAGCUCGAAAGCGCCAUUUGCCUUGCAGCGUCCAAGACUCACGUGACGUUUCUGCGGUCUUUGGCAUCGGCGCCAUGUGGCCGUCGCGAUGACAAAGUAGGUGAGGUGGACACCGCGCAACCGGUCAACCUGCAGUCAGUACAAGGAAACAUCUCUUGCGUUGCAUAUGUGCAUCACAAGGUACAAAGCCUUGAUUGCUAUGGAGCAGGGUGGCUCCCUUCCAGCUACAGGCCAAAAAUCCAGUCGACGUCGCGGGAGGGCGACUGGGGGAGGACUGCGUUCGCAGCAUCGCGAGGCGGCUGGCCAUGCAGCAAGAGCGCGCGACGACAGAUGGAGGCGGUGCGUCGAUUCUUGAGCUGCGUGUGGCGUACUGGAUUGCGUCGGGUGUGAGAAUAUCGCCAGAUCAAGGGCAUGCCGUGUGUACGCUGACGGGAGGUUGGUUGCAUAGAAUCGUCCAGGCGCCCAACGGUGGCGCUGCCUCGUCGAGCCAAGUUUGCAUGGACGCUUGGUGGCGCUCCCGUCGGAUUCGACGGCAUCUUGCACGUGUUGGAGUCGCACGAGUCGCUCGCGGACUGCGUCGCCAAUGCGCACGACGUUUUGGGAAGUGAGCCGAGGGUUGCCGGUGAAACUGCGACAUGGCUAGAAGAUGCUGCCCACAAGGAUGCAGGCGUCCUGGCGACAGCGGAAGUGGAGAGGCCGCAGUCGCCUGCCAACCUUCCCCUCGAUCAUGGUGACCCGCCGUCCAACGCACUCAACUUUGCGCUCGCCCCCACCUCCUUCCUCACUCUCGCCGCCUUGUUGUGCGCCAUGCUGUGGCUCCGACUACACGCAUCGACUGACGGGUUUGCAGGAACAUGACGUUCAUAACAUUAGCAGGAGAAUAAAUACGAUUGGGAGCACUAAAUAGUAAGGGGCACACGCUAAUACAGCGCGCUGAAAUUCCA